AUGAGCCUUCCCGAGCCCAAAGACGUUGAAGAGGCGACCCAGGUCCUUCAGAGCAUCAUUCCUCUACUUCCCCAAAGGCCCAUCAAGAUCUCGCUCCUUGGCCUAGGAACCUUUCCUGGCAUAGAUCCAGGACGUGCCGAAAUCCUCUUUGCGCACCCACGUGUCUCGACUACGACUUCGACGCGCUAUGCCAAAGAAUCCGGCAUGUGUUCGAGGAUGCUGGUAUCUUCGACAAGAGAGGCUUCAGCUUAUUCCUUCACGCCACCAUCUUAA